AAAUUACCUAACACGCCAACGACAGGCGACAGCACAGACCAACUGCCGCUCUCUGACCUGGUUUUCCCGCGUCACUGUCUGUCUCUCUCUUUGUCUCCCCUCCGAUUCUUUCCUCUUCGCCAACUUCAUCUCUCUAUUCCUUUCUUACAAAACUCACCAACGACCCAUUCAACUCCACUAUACAGCAAACCCAAUCAACCCCCCACCCCUCUUCUGAAUUUUCAUAUGUCUGUUCUUCAUCUCCCACAUCAACCAUGCUCCCCUUUCUGUCUCUCCUCUUCCUCCUCUCUCUCCUCCCCUUCUCCCUCUCCCAAUCCCCCAGAGGGGUGUUCAUUGACUGCGGUACCACGGUCAGGUCCGUGAUCGACGGCCGAGAAUGGGCUCCCGACACCGGAUAUAUCUCCACCGGAACCCCCAGAAACCUAACAACACCCGAUUUGGUUCCAAUUCUAUCUACGGUUCGAACGUUCCCAAUUCAAGGCAAUGUUUUCAAGAAAUUCUGCUAUGUAAUCCCGGUGUAUCGCACCGGGAAGUACUUGGUUCGAACCAUGUACUUCUACGGUGGAGUCAAUGGCAAUCCUGCGCCCCCAGUGUUUGAUCAAAUGAUAGAUGGAACUUUCUGGAGCGUGGUGAAUACGACCGAAGAUUUUGUGAAGGGUAUGUCUUCGUACUAUGAGGGGGUCUUUGUUGCAGCAGGGAAGACAAUGAGCUUGUGUUUGGCUGCAAAUACUUAUACUGAUUCAGACCCGUUUAUAUCGGCUUUAGAGUUUGUGCUUUUGGAGAAUUCUUUGUACAAUUCAACGGAUUUUGGGAAAUAUGGGCUACAUUUGAUUGCAAGGCAUGGUUUUGGAUACAGUGGACCGAUCAUUAGAUAUCCUGAUGAUCAAUUCGAUCGUUAUUGGGAGCCAUUUGGAGAAAAUAAUCCCACCAUAAUGAGAGUGCGAAAUGUAUCUGUUUCUGGUUUCUGGAACCUCCCCCCUUUGAAGGUAUUUCAGACGGAGUUGACAGUCGGCCAAGCAGAACCUAUGGAGUUGCAGUGGCCACCGAACUCUAUCUCAAAUUCGACAUAUUACAUUGCUCUUUACUUUGCGGAUGACCGUGAUUCAUCGUCAGGGAACUCAAGGGUUUUUAACAUAACCAUAAAUGGUGUAACUUAUUACCCUGAUAUGAAUGUAACUCCAGCUGGUGCUGUUGUAUUUGCAAACCAGUGGGUUCUUGCUGGCCUUACAAAGAUAACUUUGACUCCUGCUGCCGGAUCAAAUAUAGGUCCUCUUAUAAACGCCGGAGAGGUUUUUGAGGUGCUGCUUCUUGGAGGAAGAACUCUUACACGAGAUGUGAUUGCUUUGGAAAAAAUGAAGAAUAGUUUCCAGAACCCUCCACUUGAUUGGACUGGUGAUCCUUGUUUACCACGACAGUACUCAUGGACUGGAGUUACAUGCUCCGAAGGACCUCGGAUUCGAGUAACUGCUUUGAACCUUACUGGUAUGGGUCUUUCUGGAUCACUCUCACCAAGUAUUGCCAACAUAACUGCAUUGACGGGCAUGUGGUUUGGGAACAACAGUUUGUCUGGAUCCAUUCCUGAUCUCAGUCCAUUGAAGCAAUUGGCAAUAUUACAUUUGGAAGACAAUCAACUCAGUGGGGAGAUUCCUCAAUCACUUGGAAACAUUGACAGCUUGCGCGAACUCUUCUUGCAAGGCAAUAAUUUCACUGGUCAAGUUCCAAAUGGCCUUACAAGCAAACCUGGACUGAACCUUAGGAUAUCUCCCGGUAAUCCAUUUUUGACGCCACCGCGUUCAUGAGCAAUCACAAGUCCACGAACAACCAUACAAGAGUUUCUGUUAAGCAUUAUUCGUGGAGUUCUCUUAUUAGUGUUGGAAUUUCGAGUUUCUUCAAGCUCAACUCUCUUCACGACAUACUUGUUAUGCCAUUCUUCAUGCGUUACCCCGAAUUGUAUACUAGAAAUAGUUGUCAUUUCCUUUCCUCUGCCAAAUUGAAGUGUGUUGUAUACUAGAAAUAGUUGCCAUUUCCUUUCCUAUGCCAAAUUGAAGUGUGUUAUCAAAUUGUUUGUCAUUGAUUGUCCAUAUACCACCAUUUUUUUUUCGUGUUGUAUUUUUUAUUUUUGCUAUUAAAUGUAUCUAUGAUUUAUAUACUUGACAUAUCAUACGUGUUCAUUACGACAUGUACACUUCCCGACAAUGUAUAGUAAUCAAUAGAU